UGUGUUGUAUUUGUUGUCAGCUGACAGGCAGCAUCCGUCACAACACCGCGUUGCUCGCUGACAGCUAGCUAGCAGCUAUUAGCCGAGGCUCUGCGGGUAUGUUUCCCGGAGUCAGAACCGUAGACGGAGGUUUGUGCACUACCGACUCAUGGCGGCCGAAAUCCAGCCCCAACCGCAGGCUCGGAAGCCGUGUCUGCUGAGCAAAAUCGAGGCUUUCCAAGAUGUGGUUAGCACGGCUGUCAUCAUUCCUAAAGAAGACGGCGUUAUCAGCGUGUCGGAGGACAGGACGAUUCGGGUAUGGCUGAAGAGAGACAGCGGGCAGUACUGGCCCAGUGUCUACCACACGAUGACCACGUCCUGCUCCUGUAUGUCCUUUAACCCAGAGACCAGGAGGCUGUCAGUGGGGACGGACACUGGAAGUAUCUGUGAGUUCAUCCUGUCAGAAGACUACAAUAAGAUGACCCCAGCAAGCACCUACCAGGCCCAUCAGGGCAGGGUCUCAGUGGUGCUGUUUGUGUUGGAGAUGGAGUGGCUCCUGAGCACCGGCCAGGACAAAAACUUCAACUGGCACUGCUCCGAGAGCGGCCAGCAGCUGGGGACGUACCGCACCACUGCCUGGGUGUCAGGACUUCAGUUUGAUGUGGAGACCAGACACGCCUUCGUGGGAGAUCAGUCCGGUCAGGUGACCAUCCUGAAGCUGGAGCAGGACAGCUGCAGCCUGGUCACCACCUUCAAGGGACACACAGGUAAUGUGACGGCGCUGUGUUGGGACCCGGUCCAGAGGGUGCUGUUCUCCGGCAGCUCAGACCACUCCAUCAUCAUGUGGGACAUCGGGGGCCGCAAAGGCACCGCUAUCGAACUGCAAGGACACAAUGAAAAGGUUCAGGGCUUGUGCUACGCCUCACACACUCGUCAGCUCAUCUCCUGCAGCUCAGACGGAGGCAUCGUCAUCUGGAAUAUGGACGUGACACGACAAGAGACCCCAGAGUGGCUGGACAGUGACUCGUGUCAGAAGUGUGAGCAGCCUUUCUUCUGGAACUUCAAACAGAUGUGGGACAGUAAGAAGAUCGGCCUGCGACAGCACCACUGCAGGAAGUGUGGCCAGGCGGUGUGCGGCAAAUGUUCGUCCAAACGCUCCACCAUCCCCCUCAUGGGCUUCGAGUUCGAGGUGCGUGUGUGUGACAGCUGCCACGAGUCCAUCACCGACGAGGAUCGAGCGCCCACAGCCACCUUCCACGACAGCAAGCACAGCGUUGUUUACAUGCACUACGAGCCCACCACCGGGAACCUGCUCACCUCCGGUACCGACAAGGUUGUCAAGCUGUGGGACAUGUCUCCUGUGGUGUCCUGAGGUCAGCAGGAUGCUCUGUCCACCACGCUGUAAGGGUUUCACGGCAGCAGUUGCACUUGGAAGAGAAAGAGAGAAACAUAUCCUCCAGUCUCGAUGUCACCUGGAUAAUAUUUAACUUUGAGCAGUGGCUGUCAAGAGGGAGGACUCUGCAGGGGCUGCAGCCUGGGAACAGCACGGACCGGACACGAGGUUACAGACGGUUGUGGGUGUUUGCUUGUGUGGGGGAUCUGUGUGUGGGUAUGUGUGUGUGUGUUUGUAUUAUAUCAGAGUGUGUGGGAGGGCUUUUGACUUUAUAAGGACUUUACAUUUCAUGCAUUCCUGCCGAUUUCAUACCUGAAGUGAAACAUUUCGGCACUUUGUCAGCAGGUUCCGUAAAACCUAAACGUAUUUAUUUUAAGAAUGUGCGGCACGUAGUGGAGUUAGACAGCUCAUACCCUUAAACUCACUCAUUCACUGUUAGCAGGCUGUAAGAGGAAGCUGUUUGAUCACUUCUACACAACAUGCACGACCUUCAGGAAGGAUUUGUCAAUUUUUUGCUUUCUAAUCACUUCAAAUCCAGCUGUGACCCCUUUAUUCCAUCCUCAAAGUCACCAAGAGACCAGUCAUGAAGGACAGAGGACACAUGGUGACACGUAGCGGAAAUGAGCAUUAAAUAUUAAUCAUGUUAAAUAAAAAACCUGAAAACAUAAACAGCAGAUGUAUAAAAAGCCCUGUAGUGUUUACUUGCCAUCCUGCAGCCCUUAAAGGAAUAUUUCCCCGCAAAAAUGAUCAUUUUGUAGAUCAACUCACUCGUGUUCUCCUGAAUUAUUGAAGAAAACUUUUUCUCACAUGCUUCCACAGUGAGUGAAGAAUCUAAACACAGGAAAGUCUUUAUGAAUCGAAGUAAAAACAGCAAAACUUUAUCAAAAGGUCUGUUUACAAACUCUCAUUUAGGCUAACCCAAGUCUCACUGUGUCCCAAACAAAUCAAUUUCAUGUGCAACCAAAUAAUCUCUCACCUAAAAGCUGCUGAUGUUGAAAAAAGUUGAUAUAAUGCUAACUUUCAAACAUUUUCCUGGAGCAAAACAUUGGUCAGAUCCACAGAACUUAAUUUCAAAUUCUAGUAGUGAUUAUAAAGUUUGCAAAAUACUAAAGAAAUAUCACUAAAAUAUUGGGAAAAGUAUAAAAAUGGAGUCUUUUACUUUUCUUUCUUUUACAGCUGAGGUUUGGACAUUACAGUAGACAUUGAUUUUUAUAUUGUAGACCCUCGUCACGAUACUGUCAGCACACAGUGUUUGCGUGCGUCCACUGAAGUGCAGAGUGCACCGGUGAAGCUUUGUAACCGUGCAUUAACCACCAGACUGCUUGUGUGUUUUAUGAGAUUAUUUAUUAUUCUACUUGUUGGUCUAAAUGUUUCUGACACAUAUCAUCGAGCUAAUGAGUGGCAUCACUUUCAUUCAUGUAUCAGGACUGAAAGGAUGUUAAUGAACGUUUGAUUUUGUUCUUAUCAUUACUGUCACUAUACUGACUUUAUGUCAAUGCACUGGAAUCAAAAAUGUCACAAAUGGCUGCUCUGAAGAAGAUGUGAUUUCUUUGUGAUUAUCAAGUUUGUGCUUUAACCGUCACAUGGUAACUCUGAUGAAUCAUAAUCAUGUUUGAACCCCGCUGAAUAUCUCCCAAAGAUGUUUGAUAUUGACAUUACAAAUAAGGUUACGUUUAAAGGGGCCCUAUUAUGCUUUUGGUGGUUAUCCCUUUCCUGUAGUGUCUUGUUGUGUGCAUGUAAAUGGUCUGCAAAGGCUAAAAUCCCUCGCACUUCUAUUGGGUAGCGCUCCAACACUCUAAGUGGUUGACCAAUCACAGAAAAGCCGGUAAGCUAACCAAUCAGAGCAGACUGGGGGUGAAAAGAGGGCAGUAUGAGCUAAAUAAAGAGCUUUUGAACAUUAAAGCAUCCAAACAUGUCACAGUAGAGACACUAAAUACAAAAAUCAACCUGAAAAUAAGCAUGACACAACAGGAGAGACAUAUGAAGACUUUACUCACUGGACCUGUGGGUAAAGGAACUUCAAAUGACCAUACCAGUGUUUUUCUGAGGUUUCAGCUCCUAAAAAUCCUGUAGAUUUCAUUUUUUGAUUGCAGACCUGUUAUAAAUGCAUGAUGUACAGUUACAAGUUUUUGCCAGAAGCUGUUGGUUUCCAACUACAUCAUUGUUACUAUCCACUAAAACUGUUAAGCUGUUGCUGCCUGGAAUAGUCGUAAACAAUACCCCAAAAAAUACUGAAACACAAAAGCUUGUUAAGUAAAUCCCUGUGUUGAUGUAAAGUGUAUGAUUUAAAUGGAUGAUUUGAUAAAACCCAGACUGCAUGAAGUCUUACGAUGAAGAAUAUCUAAACUUCUGUUGCAGUCAAAAUGAAUUCAUCCAAGGCCAGUGGUUCAUUUUUCUGUUGCAGGAAAGAUACAUGUUGUGUGUUUCUGUGUCCGUUAAUGUAACCAUGUAUGUGUAAAUGACUAAUUAAAAGAGCAAGUGCACCUACUCGACAAAUGAGA